CAUUCCAAACUCCCCGUAGGGCAGUGUGUUAGUUUUACGGCAUCAGGACAGCUCUUCGCGAUGACAUCGAGCAUUGUGUUCAUUAUAUUUGACUUUGUGAGGUUACCAGAGACAAGGGGGUAGACAGAGACAGCAUUUCAAGUUGGAAAUGGGACUUAGGACUAUAUACCUCGUCCUAUCUUUCGCCAUUUUGAUGAUUCAAGGGGAGAUAACUCCUCCAUGUCCAUGCGCCAGAAUGAGGACAACCCCUGUGACGGAGCAACUCGCCACCACUGAAAGCAUGAAGGAUGUGGUCGAACCGAAACGGAAAUGGAACCUCACGUUCUCGGAUCGACCACCUCUGUUGUUUGUGGGACUUGAAGGAGAAACCCACGAGUUCUUAUGUUCGGGAGAAUCCUCCAUCACCAUGGCUACCACAACGUGGCAAGUACCCAAUCAUGUGACUAUCUCAAUGAUGAACGAUACCUCAUCAUACCGAAGUGGAGUAUUUAUAACACCUAAUAACUCGCUCGUGCUAUACAAAAUGUCGACCAAUCACCGGGGUCGUUACAUAUGCCGGUUGUCCUUUGAUGACGUCAUAGCGGAAGCUCCAAUGCAGCUCAUGGUCGUCGAGGCAGAUAUGAGGAAGUGGACAUUAAGGGUGAUAAUAGGGGCAGCGUCCCUGGCCGGAUUCUUAGUGACGUAUGCCGUGGUCCACAUUGGCUACAAGGUGUACUUGUGUAAGGCCAGUGGUCAGUACCUUGACCCCGACUUUGGUGCGCAAGUACCUUUGCGACAGUUGUAGAUCAGCCGGAUGCAGUACUGUUCACCGUUCUUGUAAUAAUAUUGGUUCCACUCGGGUCCACUCGGGUCCUCUCGGCUUAUUCCGUACAUAAUACCCUGGCAGUCAUGAAGUAGUGAUUUCACAGUAGACCGCUUCAGCCCUCAUUCCGUGAAAUAAAGUUCGUAUAUAACACUGA